AUGGCUUCUUUUAAAACCAGUCAGCCUAGUGUUGAUUUUCGAGGGGAACAAGGACAUUGUUGCUUUAGUAUUUGCGGACAAAUUUAUCAUAUGCUCGGUGGGAUACCGAAAUCUCAAGAUCUUAGGAAUCCCACUUUGAAUCACUACUAUUUUCUCGAUAGCGAAGAGGCGCUCGAACAUCGUAACGAAUUUUUACAAUCUAGAAUGUCUCCGGCUACCUUGAGAAUAGUAGAAGAAUCAUUACGGGCAUGUGAUAAAUAUAUGCAAGCUUAUAAAACCGUCGGAGAAAGGGUGCGCGAAGAACGUCGGCGACGACAAUUGGAUAAAGACGGUGAUUCCGAGCGUAGAUUAAUCGUGGGUAUCGUUGCCAAAGGAAACAUCAAUAAUCAACGUCGAAAUUAUAAUUUGCCCGAAAGCCGCAGCGAAAUAGCUGCAGUCUUUCAAGGGGACGAGCCUCCCUUCCAAGUGGAUCUAAUUUUGUAUCCACAUAACCCUUCUGCAUCUCAGCCUCAUAUGAGGCAUCACGAAUUAAAAAAUCUCUCUCCAUUGGCAGAUCCGAUGGUUUACCCACUGUUAUUUCCCAAAGGAGAUAAUGGUUAUUCUCAAGAUUUAGUCUAUUCUGACAGAAGACUAAAUCGAAAUAACAAAACCAAAAGCAUUACAUUCGGCGAAUUUUACACGUACCGUACACAAAUUCGUGAAGGUUUUCCUACCUUACAAUGCGGAGGAAAAUUGUAUCAACAAUAUAUUGUUGAUGCAUGGUGUAAGAUAGAAUCUAGUAGAUUAUGGUAUUUGCGACAAAACCAAGAAAAAUUUCGAGUCGCCCAUGAAACAGUUUUGCGUCGUAUAAAUAUCAAUCGCCAAGAACGCAAUUUAGCGCAAAUCGGCAAAUCGAUAGUUAUAUUACCAUCAAUAUUUCAGGGUGGCGAACGGAAUCGUCAAAGGCAAUAUCUGGAUGCUAUGACGGUCAUCGCCCGUCACGGUAAACCGGAUCUGUUCAUAACGAUGACGUGUAUCCUCGGUGGCCCAAAGUUAUAG